UAACGGACUCGCUGGGCUGCUCCGCUGGGGGGUCCCUGCCUCGGGACGGGGUAGCACUCGGGGGGGUUCCUGACGCCAGCGCCCCAAGAAACCGGGUAGGACUCGAAGGUCUUCUGGCCGGCCUGACUCGAGACCGCAGCGCUCCCGCGCCUAUCGCCCGGCAGCCGUGGCAGGUGCUGAGAAGAGCUGUCCGUGUCCUGCGAGUGACAGAAUGGCCGGAGAUGACUAUGAGGAAGUUCUCAAGUACUAUGAAUUACAUGGAACAGUCGGCACAGGUGGGUUUGCAAAGGUAAAACUCGCACGACAUCGUCUCACUGGUGAAAAAGUUGCAAUAAAAAUCAUGGACAAGCUUGCUUUACAGGAUGACUUGCCUCGUGUUAAAUUAGAAAUUGAUGCCAUGAAAGACUUGAGUCACCAGCACAUUUGCCGCUUGUAUCAUGUGAUUGAGACACCCAAGAAAAUAUUCAUGGUUUUAGAGUACUGUCCUGGAGGAGAGCUGUUUGAUUACAUAAUUUCUAAGGACCACCUUUCUGAGGAGGAAGCUCGCAUAUUUUUUCGGCAGAUUGUUUCAGCAAUUGCUUAUGUGCACAGUCAGGGAUAUGCCCACAGGGAUCUCAAACCAGAAAAUUUGCUGAUUGAUGAGGAACAUAAUCUGAAGCUGAUAGACUUUGGACUUUGUGCAAAGCCGAAGGGUGGCCUUGAUUACCAUCUGAACACCUGCUGUGGGAGCCCAGCUUAUGCAGCACCAGAGCUGAUUCAGGGCAAAGCAUACAUUGGCUCAGAGGCAGAUAUUUGGAGUAUGGGAGUACUACUGUAUGCUCUGCUGUGUGGCUUUCUUCCCUUUGAUGACGACAAUGUCAUGGCAGUCUACAGGAAGAUCAUGAGAGGAAAAUACAGUACUCCGAAGUGGCUCUCUCCUAGCAGUACACUGCUCCUCGACCAAAUGCUGCAGGUCGACCCAAAGAAGCGGAUUACAGUCCAACACCUGUUAAGUCACCCUUGGCUCAUGCAAGGUUUUUCUGAUGCUGUUCAGUGGCAAAGUAAAUAUCCACUGGGACAGCUUGAUGAGGACUGUGUAACAGAACUUUCUGUGUUUCAUGAGCAGAGCAGGGAGACUAUAUUGCAAUUAAUAACAGAGUGGAAAUAUGACCACAUGUCAGCAACAUACCUCUUGCUUCUAUCCAAGAAGGCUCGUGGCAAGCGUGUUCGUUUAAGGACUCCAUGUCUAACAGAGCAUGCCAGUACUAUGAUGUCGACAGGCCUUGAGCAUUCGAGGCCCGAUGCCCAGCUGGAGGAUACGGAAUUCACACUGUCAACUCCAGUGACAAGAAAAGUGGCAUCAAAGAAGCAUAAACACAAAGAGAAUGUUGAGACUGUGUCAGCUUUAACAAAUGAAAUGCCCUUUGCUCUUCCUGCUCCUAAGACUCCUUUUGCAAAGAGUCAGAUUGAGACACAAGCUGUUCCCCUUAGGGCACCUGCUUUCAAAGAGAGUCAGUUCACUGCAAUCGCCCCAGUUAAGAAACCCACUAAUGCAACAAAUGCAGAUGAAUCAGCAGAAGCUGAGAUUCUUCCUGAAACAAGGUGUCAGUCAGUGGAAUUAGAUCUCAACCUUGCACAUGUGGAUAGCAGCCAAAAGAAGAGAAAAGCCAAAAUAUUUGGAAGUCUUGAAAGAGGCCUAGAUAAAGUGAUCACAAUGCUUACACCAAGCAAGAAGAAACGAUGCACUAGAGACUGUCCAAGGAAACUUAAGGCACACUGUAACAUUACCACCACUCAUCUGCUGAAUCCAGACGAACUGUUGAAUGAAAUAAUCAAUGUUCUUUCGAAGAAGCAGGUCGAGUAUGUUCAGAAGGGUUAUACCCUGAAAUGUCAAACACGGUCACAUUUUGGUAAAGUAACUAUGGAGUUUAAGUUAGAAGUAUGUCAGCUCACUAAGCCUGAAGCAGUGGGUAUCCGGCGACAGAGGCUUAAAGGUGAUGCCUGGGUCUACAAAAGGCUGAUAGAAGACAUCUUAUCUAGCUGCCAAGUGUGAGUGGCAGAGUCUUUUAUCACGAUGUUUUAGAAAGGUAUUUUCAGAGAAGCAAUUCUUUCUCACAGUCACAGCUAUAUGUGAAAAAUCUGUCAUCUUGGGU